GAUACCUGGAUCUAGAUAGAUUAUAUCGUUGAGAACGUAUCACAACGGUUUGAGUAUUCAGUUCCAGCAAGGACACCAUGAGGAAAGCGCCGCGCAAGUGCAGAUGAUACUGGGAAUGUCGAGGGGCUGUGAGGAGAGUGAGUGGCGAAAUGACAAGAGGAUCUUCUGGUAGUAACAAUCCUUCCCCCCACGAUUGCCCCCCUCCUCUUCGACGGUUGCAUGCAGAAACAGAUACUCACGCGCGUCCCCCGACUAUGGGCAGCGGCGGCGAAGAAUCGUCCUCUGCGCACACGCAACGACCUCGCUAAUAGAGCUGCCGUGUCCAUUGGUCCAUCGUUAACGAGAACGUACAAGCGUUCUUCUGCCCCGCCGAAUGGUGACCUGACAAAGGGACCCUACGCUAAACUCGCAACUAUCAUUUUCAAAAGUUUCGUGUCGUUAUAUCGUCGACGGGGAGUCUAAGGGUGUGGAGUCGAAAGUUUAGAUAGGCAUUCUGUAGGACAAAUGGAGUCGAAUUGGACCCAGUACACAGACGUCGCUGAACGUAUCAACGAGAUGACCCAUCCCGCCGCCGAUCCCAUCCUGAAUAUACUCGUCUUUGCUAU